AUGGCUACUACAAUGUUUAAAUUGUCCUCUGCCAUAAUAAAUUCGUCAAAAAACUAUAGGUAUGUCGUCGGACUUAUCAACAAAUGCAACAUCUCAACCACUUCUACCAGACUGCGUAAAGAGCGUGAUACUUUCGGCGAGCUGGAUGUACCUGAUGACAGGCUGUAUGGCGCCCAGACGGUCAGGUCCGUCAUGAACUUCCCCAUCGGUGGAAUCGAGGAAAGAAUGCCGUACCCUGUCAUCGUGGCCUUCGGUAUCCUGAAGAAGGCUGCUGCUAAAGUCAACAUAGAAUAUGGUUUGGACAAGAAAAUUGCGGAUGCGAUCAUCGAGGCGUGUGAUGACGUCAUAUCCGGGAAGCUGUACCGAGAAGGCCACUUCCCCCUCGUCAUCUGGCAGACUGGCUCCGGCACACAGUCCAACAUGAACACCAAUGAGGUGAUAUCCAACCGAGCCAUUCAAAUCCUUGGUGGUCAGCUGGGUUCUAAGAGUCCGGUUCAUCCAAACGACCACGUGAACAAGUCGCAGAGCUCCAAUGAUACUUACCCAGCGGCCAUGCACAUUGCUGUGGCUAUGGAACUAAGAGAUAGACUGAUGCCUGGCCUAGUAGCGCUGAGAGACACCCUCGAAAAGAAGUCCAAGGAGUUUGAUAAGAUCAUCAAGAUCGGCAGAACCCACUUGAUGGACGCCGUGCCUUUAACUCUCGGUCAGGAGUUCAGCGGUUACGCGACCCAGCUGACGUACGGCAUAGAGAGAGUAUGCACCACACUGCCUCGACUACACUACUUGGCGCUGGGAGGAACUGCCGUCGGUACCGGACUUAAUACUAGGAAGGGAUUCGCUGAGAAAUGCGCUAAGGAAAUCGCUACACUUACUGGCAUUCCUUUCGAGACCGCCCCCAAUAAGUUCGAGGCCCUGGCGGCCCACGACGCCAUGGUCGAGGUCCACGGGGCCUUGAACACCAUAGCAGUAUCCCUCAUGAAGAUCGCCAACGACAUCCGUAUGCUGGCCUCGGGCCCGCGCUGCGGCCUCGCUGAGCUCAUGCUGCCUGAGAACGAACCAGGAUCAUCAAUCAUGCCAGGCAAAGUAAACCCGACUCAAUGUGAAGCGCUUACAAUGUUGGCCGCUCAGGUGAUGGGUAACCACGUGGCCUGUACCAUCGGUGGCAGCAAUGGACACUUUGAACUGAACGUGUUCAAAACAAUGAUGGUAGCCAAUGUACUGAGAUCCAUUAGACUUAUUGGCGACGGCUGCCAGGCGUUCAACAAGAAUUGCGCUGUGGGUAUUCAGGCUAACAUCGCACAGAUCAAUAAGAUCAUGAAGGAAUCACUCAUGUUGGUGACUGCCCUCAACCCACAUAUUGGAUAUGAUAAGGCUGCAUUGAUUGCUAAGACAGCGCACAAGGAAGGUGGAACCUUGAAGGAUACGGCUAUCAAACUAGGAAUCCUCACGGCCGAACAGUUUGACCAAUGGGUCAAGCCCGAGGACAUGCUUGGACCCAAAAAUAAUAAAAAAUCAAAACGAUGA